AUGUCUUAUGAUAUUAAAUAUGCAUUACAUGUACUUUUUCUCUCUUCCCUUCAGAAUCAUACCCUAUGGCUGCCUGACGACUGUACUAUAUGCACGUGCCAAGACCCUAUUACGGUCUGUGAACAGGUCCGUUGUAUGACCCCAAAAUGCAAGUUCAAUAAGGGCGAGUACCUGCAGAUUCCAUCAGAUGACUGCUGUCCAGAAUGUGUGCAGCAACUGUUGCCAUGUCAACACCAAGGACAGACUAUUCCGAUGUGUGAUGGUCUGUUGAUCAGGAAUGUAGAUAGUGAUGUAAGGAAUACAGGAGAGAAAAGGGAGAGGGAAGAGGAUGUGAAGGAGGGUUAUGAGUAUGAGAGAAUAAGUGGGGAGGAGGGUUAUGGGUAUAAGGGAGAGUAUGAGAGAGUAAGUGGGGAGAAGGGUUAUGGGUAUGAGGGAGUAACUGGUGUGGAGGGUUAUGGGUAUGAGGGAGUAAGUGGGGUGGAGGGUUAUGAGUAUGAGGGAGUAAGUGGGGAGAAGGGUUAUGGGUAUGAGGGAGUAAGUGGUGUGGAGGGUUAUGAGUAUGAGGGAGUAAGUGGUGUGGAGGGUUAUGAGUAUGAGGGAGUAAGUGGGGAGAAGGGUUAUGAGUAUGAGAGAGUAAGUGGGGAGAAGGGUUAUGGGUAUGAGGGAGUAAGUGGGGAGAAGGGUUAUGGGUAUGAGGGAGUAAGUGGUGUGGAGGGUUAUGAGUAUGAGGGAGUAAGUAGUGUGGAGGGUUAUGAGUAUGAGGGAGUAAGUGGGGAGAAGGGUUAUGGGUAUGAGGGAGUAAGUGGUGUGGAGGGUUAUGAGUAUGAGGGAGUAAGUGGGGAGGAGGGUUAUGAGUAUGAGGGAGUAAGUGGGGAGAAGGGUUAUGGGUAUGAGGGAGUAAGUGGUGUGGAGGGUUAUGAGUAUGAGGGAGUAAGUGGUGUGGAGGGUUAUGAGUAUGAGGGAGUAAGUGGGGAGAAGGGUUAUGGGUAUGAGGGAGUAAGUGGGGAUGAGGGUUAUGAGUAUGAGGGAGUAAAUGGGAAGGAGAGUAAUGAGUAUGAGGGAGGAGUAAGUGGUGUGGAGGGUUAUGAGUAUGAGGGAGUAAGUGGGGAGGAGGGUUAUGGGUAUGAGGGAGUAAGUGGUGUGGAGGGUUAUGAGUAUGAGGGAGUAAGUGGGGAGGAGGGUUAUGAGUAUGAGGGAGUAAGUGGGGAGAAGGGUUAUGGGUAUGAGGGAGUAAGUGGGGAUGAGGGUUAUGAGUAUGAGGGAGUAAGUGGGGAGAAGGGUUAUGGGUAUGAGGGAGUAAGUGGGGAUGAGGGUUAUGAGUAUGAGGGAGUAAGUGGGGAGAAGGGUUAUGGGUAUGAGGGAGUAAGUGGGGAGGAGGGUUAUGAGUAUGAGGGAGUAAGUGGGGAGAAGGGUUAUGGGUAUGAGGGAGUAAGUGGGGAUGAGGGUUAUGAGUAUGAGGGAGUAAAUGGGAAGGAGAGUAAUGAGUAUGAGGGAGUAAGUGGUGUGGAGGGUUAUGAGUAUGAGGGAGUAAGUGGGAAGAAGGGUUAUGGGUAUGAGGGAGGUAUGUUUGGGGAGAAGAGUUGUGAUGAGGUAAUGUGUGGGUUGGAGGGUUAUGAUGAGAGGGUGAGUUUAAUGGAAGGUUAUGUUCAGGGUAUGUUUGGGGAGAAGAGUUGUGAUGAGGUAAUGUGUGGGUUGGAGGGUUAUGAUGAGAGGCACAACAAAAAUUGGAAACCCAACCCUUGUACUGAUUGCCUUUGUCUGAAUGGAGAGGUUAGUUGUGAGGCUGUGGCGUGUCGGAGGUUACGCUGUAAACCAGGGGAGGUCACUCAGACAUUACCUGGCGAAUGCUGUCCAACCUGUAUACCCUCUGGACGUUCAUGCUCCUAUGAUGGAGAAAGGCACCAGGAUGGAUCAGAAUGGGAGCCUAUUCCAUGUGCUAAGUGUGUGUGUCGAGAUGGCCAAACAACCUGCUACCCUAUACAGUGUCCACCUUUGGUCUGUCCUCAGGAUCAACAGAUGGAGAGAGCACCUGGUUUUUGUUGUCCACGUUGUGUGGGGGCUACCUGUACAGACCAACGCAUACGAUACAAGGACGGUGACCAAUGGAAACGAGACCCAUGUACAUACUGUGUGUGUAUCAAUGGUGCCACGGUCUGUCGUUCAAAGGAAUGCAUGCCUGAACUCAAAUGUGCCAAGACUGAAAUGAAUAUUACUCGGGAGGGUGAAUGCUGUACAGAGUGUCUACCAAGAGAGAAUGCAUGUGUGACUGAACGACCAAUGCGGUACCAUGGUGACAUAUGGAAUGUGUCCAGUUGUGAGUUUUGUAUGUGUCAAAAUGGACAAGUCCAGUGUCACACAGCAGUCUGUGAGCAUCUCAGGUGUACACAGGACCAGGUCCUGGUGCAGUCCCCAGGCAAGUGUUGUCCCGAAUGUGUAGAACCACCCAACUGUGACUUUGCUGGUGACAACUACAAGGAUGGAGAGACAUGGCACCCAGACCCCUGUUCUGUAUGUAACUGUAAGGAUGGAGAAUCAGUAUGUUACCAGAACUCCUGUCCAGUCUGUCCGGAGGGAAGUGUGUCCGUCCUUCAGCCAGGAGAAUGCUGUGGACAGUGUGAACCAAUGCCAUGUGCAGACAUGUGUCUCACCUGUUCUCCUGAUGACCCCAAGCAGUGUACCAAGUGUCAUGUGUCCAGCAUGUUGGUGGAGGAUGGUAGAUGUGUUCCUGGCUGUACGGAAGGAAUGUUUGCUACUCGAAACAGCCAAUGUCAGGCUUGCCAUGAGACAUGUCAGACCUGUGUAGAUGGAACACGCCACCAUUGUGUGAAGUGUAAGCCAGGACUGCUGUGGAGGAAUGGACAGUGUGUACCUAGGUGUGACAGGAACUACUUCCAGGACGGUGGCCAGUGUGUUGAUUGUCACAGCAGUUGUAGCUUCUGUGUGGGGCCAGGAAGCCAAGAAUGUCAGUCCUGUUCAAACCCAGGGCAGGUGCUCCAGGAGGGCCAGUGUGUUGAUGCAUGCCAAUCAAACUACUACCUCAGGAAUAAAGAGUGUCUAGAGUGUCCACCAACCUGUAAGACAUGUUCGGGUGAUGGAGGGUCGUGUACCAGUUGUUUCGCAGGAUUUGUGCUUCAUCGGACACAGUGUCUGUCUGAAUGUCCUAAUGGCUUCUACGCCCACGCUGAUGGAUUUUGUUUGCGAUGUCACAUAAGCUGUCAUACAUGUACUGGUCCUGAGGAUACCAAAUGUACCUCCUGUAUAGAGAGAGUUCGGCUCAGUAAGAGGGGACGUUGUCGCAUGCCAUGCGCUGAAGGCCAGUACCUGAAGAGAGAUGGCUCCUGUCAUAGUUGUGAAUUUGGCUGUUCCAAAUGUUUUACUGGUCCCCGUGGCAGGGAUUCGGUGUGUACAACAUGUACAGACCCUACCAUGGUGGCGUUUGAUAGUCUCUGUAUGAGACGUUGUCCAAUAGGACAUUAUGUGGAGGACCAGAUCUGUAAAGAGUGCGGUGGUGGGUGUGUGCAGUGUGACUCACCUGUGCAGUGCUACAAGUGUGGUCCCGCCCUAUUGCUGUCUGGAGACACAUGUGUUCGCCAGUGUAGCCAGCAUCAGUACCGUGACUGGGAAAAUCAGCUCUGUAUAGACUGUCCACAGGACUGUGUGGAGUGUGGGGGAGGGUCUGAAUGUACUCUAUGUAACAGUCACACAUUCCUUCGCCAGGGCAAAUGUGUCAACACAUGUGGUCAUGGAUACUAUGAAAACCGCAGGACUCAGAUCUGUGAAGAAAACCGUGAAGCUCCGAUCCUACAAAUUUUUGGCCAGAUCCUCACAGAGGAGGGGGGAAUCGCCAGUAUACCUUCAGACAUCUUCUAUCUCUCUGAUCCUGACACACCAGUCGAGGAUUUACAGCUGGUCUUGUCCCGCACCCCUGACAACGGUGAGCUGGUGAAGGCGGUGAUGGGGCGGGACAUUGCUCUACAGACUGAGGACACAUUUACGCUUGUCGACCUGCACACAGGCAAGGUCAGGUUCAUCCACAACAGUAAUGCUGGAAGUAAAAGUCGGAUUGUGUUGAGAGCAAGCGAUCGUAUGAUGUUGAGUGAUGAGGCUUCACUAAGUAUCCAAGCUGUGUCCAGACAGGCACCACGCCUCCUCAGGAAGGUUCCACUUGUGGUGAUCAGUGGAGAAACUUCUACUCUAAAUACCAUUGACCUUCAGAUCAGUGGAACAGAAGACGAUGUCACCAUCACUGUACUCCAAGGUCCAUUCCAUGGUCAGAUAAUCCACCAGAAGUUUGAUGCCCCAGUUACGUCCUUUACACUGCAGGAUCUGAGAGCAGGGUCAAUCGGAUACAGACACACUGGUCAAAACAUUGAGGAUCGCGAUCUAUUUCUACUACAGGUCUCUGAUGGCUAUCACCUCCUCAACUUCAUAAUGAAUGUCAACAUUCGUAUCAAGGACAAUGUGAUUCCUGUUUUGGUCAACAAUAAGAUAGGUCGCCUUACAUCAGGGAACAUGCUACAAUUGACCUCUGACCUAUUGUUAGCAGAGGUAAUGGAUUUUGAGAAAACGCCGACAAGGGACAUAAUCUAUACACUGAUGCCCACUGUCAACAAUCCAAAACAAGGGGAGGUACUUAUGGUGGUUCCUAUACCAGAAGAGGGACCAGGACAAGGUUGGGAGGACAUAGGAGGGGGAUCAAUGGCUGCCAAGAUGUUUCGCUUCAUGCAGAGGGACAUUGAUGAAGGAAGGAUCUGGUACAAACAUAAAUCCACACCAGCUUUGUCUGACGUCAUAACGUUUGAGAUUGCUGACACUGCUAAUCCUCCAAAUAUACUACGAGACCAGAGGUUCCAGCUGUCAAUAAUCAGCCAGACUCCUCCCACAACCACACCCACGCUGGCCCCAGGAGUUCGAUUAGGCAUGACGGUGCUGGAGAACCAGGUGGUGCCCAUAAGCAGCUCUAACCUAGCCUUUGAGGACAUGGACACUCCUGACACUGACAUCGUAUACUCAGUGACACGCCCCCUCAGAGAUGGGGAAGGGACUCUGGAACACAUUGACACACCCUUUCGCUCUACCUCAAGAUUCACACAGGCAGAUAUCAACAACAAUAGGAUUGUGUACCGACCUCCUUUAUCUGAUGUAGGAACAGUGGAAAAGGAGUUUAGUUUCUACUUUACAGUUUCAGAUGACGGGCCACCAACCCGUAGUCCUGAAGAACAGAAGUUUAGUAUCCGAGUACUCCCUGUAAACAACAUGCCACCAAGGUUCCUCAACCCUUCCCCCAGUAUAAUGGUAUCACAGGGCACCAUGGCCCCUCUUAGUCAGUCGCUUUUGGCAGUCACUGAUGCUGACACACCCACAUCUGAUCUUCUUGUGACCUUGAUCCAGGCCCCUAUGGUUGGACGGAUGGAGAAAAACCACAUUGGUGGGAAGGUUAUCAUCAGAGAAGGUGAUUCAUUCCACUAUGACGAGCUGUUAGACAGUGUGUUCCAGUAUCAUCAUGGUGGUAGUAGCACACGACUAACUGAUCUAUUCAGCUUGGAGGUGAGCGAUGGUGCCCAUAAGGCCAGACUCAAUGUCAAUGUGACAGUUGUCAGGGUAGACAAGUCGUCUCCAACAGUCCUCGACACGGCCAGCUGUAGGAUCAACAUCAACGAACGUGAAACUGUGGUGAUUGAGCGAAGCAUUUUAGCUUUCGUGGAUCAGGAUGAUGAAGAUAACCAUCUGAGAAUUACUGUUUCCUCCAACCCUGUACAUGGUCGUAUUUUGUACCGAGGGGCUCGUCUGCUACAGAGGGGUGGGGUCUUUACACAGUCAGACAUCAACAAUUACCAUAUAAGUUACCAAUCAGAUCGUGAGAUUGGAAGUCAGCCAAUCACAGAAGUCCUUGUCUUUAAUGUCAGCGAUACUAGUGGGAAUAUGUUAACCAAUCAGAUCCUGUCUGUUAUAAUCCAGCCAAUAGAUAACCAAGUGCCUUUGGUUAAAUUUGGACCAGAAAUACAGAUAGAAGAGGGUGGAGAGACUGCCAUCACCAUAGAGAACAUCAAAGUGACCGAUGCUGACAGUCCAGUGUCCAGUUUGUUGUUUACAAUAGAAACAUCACCUGCCUUUGGAGAGAUACACAGCACACGCCCUGAGAGCCCAGGAUCAGAGGAGGUGGAGGCUCGAAGUGUGAAUGCCUUUUCUUUCCAGGAUUUGCUGGAUGGCCACAUUUCCUACAUUCAAACUGACCAUACUCACAAAGAGCCCACUCAGGAUGGAUUUCUCUUCUUAGUGACUGAUGGCACCAACCAGACACCACUGCAGCGUUUAAACAUCACAAUACAGCUGAUCAAUGAUGAAGAACCAAUGGUGAUGACGGAACAGAUUUUUGUACGGGAGAAUUUUAAUGUCCUGGUGACCAAUGCCUCUCUGUACGUUGUUGAUCUGGAUACUGCUGCUGACGAGCUCAUCUUCACUAUGGAUACAACCCCAGAACAUGGUAACAUUGGCAAGCGCAUUUCUGUUAUGGAUCCAGUGAUGUCAGCUCGUACUCUCCAGAAAGGCGAUAGGUUUACUUACAAGGAUGUACUUGAUGAACUUUUGGUAUACCGUCAUGAUGGUGGGGAGCUUCCUAGCGACACCUUCACUCUCUCGCUCACUGAUGGAAAGUUUACAGACACAAGAACACUAUCAGUAAUUAUUGGUAUGGUGAAUGACGAAACACCAAGGAUAUCUAUAAAUAAUAACUCUCUCUUUGUUUCAGGUUCUAUAACUCCAAUUAAGUCGAAGGACUUACAAGCCACAGAUAUUGAUUCCAAUGAUGCUCGAAUUAAGUACACUAUCAAAAGGGACCCAACAAGUGGUCGUUUGAGACUGAACCGGUCUGGAAGGCCAGAGCCACAGACUGUGUCCAUCCAUGGACCGAUCCGUCACUUCUACCAGGCAGACAUUGACAACGGCCUCUUAGAAUAUCAGAACAUGGCAGGGGAGUCAACUGGUGUGGUUACCUUCAAGUUUGAUGUGUCUGACCCAGAGGGCAAUCCUCUCAUCGACCAGAUAUUCUAUAUCACUGUGUUAGAGGACAGAAUCCCACCCCAGAUGUUAGCUAACAAGGAGUUGGUGGUCUCUGAGGGAGCUGAGGUGAAAAUCACCACAGACAACCUGUCCUUUACUGAUGUGGAUUCUGAGCCAGGAUCUCUGCAGUACUUCCUGCUGUCUGCCCCACUGUUAGGGCACUUAGAGCUGACAGACAACCCAGGAGUGCCAAUAUCAGAGUUUACUCAGUCUGAUCUGGCUGCCAGCUGUGUGUUAUAUGUCCAUGACAGUCCGAAGGAAGUUUACAGCGACCGCUUCACCUUCACAGUGACGGAUGGCACCAAUGAGGUGACCCACAAGUUCAGCAUUGCUAUAAACCCUGUGGAUGAUGAAAUACCUAUUGUUACCAACAAUGGAAUGAGGGUCCAAGAGGGAAUCCGCAAGGUCAUCACAGAGUUUGACCUCAAGGCUGUUGACCGGGAUACAGGGGAGGAUCAUAUCAUAUUCCAAGUGAUUCAGCGCCCUCUUCACGGCAGCCUUGACCUUCAGGAAGGCGAUGAGUAUCAUCCAACUUCAACCUUCACCAUGCUGGACAUCUAUGACAGCAAAGUCAGUUACCAACAUGACGGAUCUGAGACAAGGGAAGAUAAUUUCUCCUUCACUGUGACAGAUGGCGCUACCUCUAUGUUUGCCAUGCAAAGAGACCACCAUAGGGGUGACAUUUUUAUCCCGCAGUCAGACCCUGGGGAGUUUGAGAUCGAGAUCCUGCCCAUGGAUGAUGGUAGCCCUGUACUGGAAGUCAACCGAGGCCUUCAGUUCCUGGAGCUGUCUGAUGGCAUUGCCUAUAAUCUGAUAACAUUCCGUGAGUUACAAGCUGUAGACAUUGACACUUCCCCAUCAGACCUUGUUUACCUCGUCACCCACACACCACGUCACGGUCAACUGGAGACAACAGCAAACCCAACCGUGGCUAUCUUCUCCUUCACUCAAGAGGAUGUGAAUAACGGCCAGAUACAAUAUGUACUGACCGGAGAUAUUACAGAGAUGGAGGACAGUUUCACCUUUGACCUCAUGGAUAAGAAGCCAAAUCACAUCCCUGACAAUGAGUUCCAUAUUAUGUGGUCUGUGAUCAACUUUGAGCAACAGCUGAUGAAUAUCACAGAGUCAGCAGGAGUGAUAAGAAUACCUGUGUCACGGACAGGUAACCUAAAACAGUACUCCAUAGUGACAUGUAGAACACGACCGGAAGAAGCUACAUCAGAAAAGGUCAGAGCCCGCCCUGGAACUCAUGACUUUGUCCAACACACUGGCCAGGUACAAUUCGAUGAGUGGCAGGAGACAAAGGUUUGCAGCAUUAUCAUCAAUGAUGAUUCUAUCUAUGAGGGACCAGAACGGUUCUAUGUGGACUUGGUAGAUCCUGUAUACUCACUGGUCAAUCCUCGUCAAGGUCAUGCAGAGGUCACCAUUUAUGACACAGAGGACGAACCAGUAAUAAUGUUCCAACAACCAAUCUUCAAUGUGAAUGAAAGUGAUGGUUACCUCUCAGCCACACUGACAAGGACAGGUGAUGUAGGGUCCAGUGUUUCUGUCAUCUGUUUCACUAUACCUCUGACAGCGAGAGGAAGUGGCCUGAAACAUUUGCAGUCUGGCUCGGACUAUAUCACACGCGGCAACACCAACCUUAACAGAGUUGUCUUUCCACCAGGAAUCAGCACUGCAUCGUGUGAGGUCAAGCUUGUUGAUGACAGUGAGUUUGAACCAGCAGAACAAUUUGAGUUGUCAAUUUCUGAUCCAUCAGCCAACUGCCGUCUGGGACCAGUUACUAAAGCAACGAUCAUCAUUAAUGGACCUAAUGAUGUGUCCAUUGUGCAUCUGGCUUUGCCAAGAUUCCAUUUUGAUGAAGAUGCUGGUAAUGUCGAGAUUGAUGUGUUGCGUACUGGUGCUGACCUGGCCCACGAUACAGUAGUGUGGUGUGCCACACGCCUGUCAGACAUACCCUCAGCGACCCCAGGACAGGACUACAUCCCCAGCUCCACUCAGAUAACAUUUGGACCAGGACAGACCUCUGAGCGAUGUUUACUCACUAUUAUGGAUGACGAGGGUGAUCCACGUCGAGAAGGAAACGAGACAUUGACUGUAUUUCUGAGCUCUCCUACUGGCAGUGUUCUAGUAGAGCCCCACACAGCGACCGUGGUUAUCCACGAUGACCACCUUGACAUGCCAACAAUGCAGUUUGCUACUGACAACCAGACUGUUAGUGAAUCUACUGGACAGAUCAGUGUGCCAGUAGUGAGAUCAGGUGACCUCAGCUUCGAGUCCUCUGUUAUCUGUUACACACGACAGAACACAGCCCUGGUGUCGGAGGAUUACGUAGAACGAGCAUUCAGGGAGGAAUCCCGCCUAUACUUCUUACCUGGAGAACAAAUGCAGAGCUGUGUUGUUGUUAUUGUUGAUGACGCUAGCUAUGAGCCCACAGAAAACUUUCGUCUACACCUGGGAGAGCCAGAAGGUACAGAGAUGUGUGAGGCUCGUGUAGGAGACUUAGACAGGACAGUGAUCACUCUCACAAAUCAGGAAGAUGUACCUACCCUGGGAUUUGAACAGCCUGCCUAUAGUGUGCAUGAGCCUGGUGCCCAGGAGAAAACAUCAACAGUGGUCAUCAGAAUCUCCCGGACUGGUGAUCUGUCACGUGUGUCCAGUGUACGCUGUAGUACUAGAGAUGGGUCAGCACUGUCUGGUGUUGAUUAUAGUCCAAGAAGUCAGAUUGUCACAUUCGAACCAAACAUGGCAGCUGUAGACUUCCCAGUGGAUGUCCUGUACAACAGUGCUAUUGAGUGGCACGAAUCCUUUACAGUGGUCCUGGGGCCAGAGAAUCCAACAGGAGCUGAGCUGGGGUUGGUAUCCAUCACCACGAUAACCAUUCUAGACGAUGAGGUGUCUGGAAGUCUGGUCCUUCCUGCUCCUCCAGUGGUGGUGUCUCUGUUACAUUAUGAUGAUGUAGAGACAGGAAGUAAGAAGAAUCCGUCACCUGGAUACCCACUCAUAUGUGUAUCAGCUUGUGAUGUCCACUAUCCCACAUACACUAUCACACACACACUGUGUGAGGAAUCCAACAUUAAUCAGUCAGCCAUUGUGUAUACUUGGGAGGUGGCUAUGCCCGCUAAUGACCAGGUUGGAUCCAAACCGCCAUUUGUCAGGGUAACCGAUGCCACACUCUUUACUAGUGUAAAUAAGAUUGUACUAGACAGUAUUUACUUCCGACCCAUGUUCAGAGUGCGGUGUAUUGCACAGCCACGACAUGCCAACGGAAAUCCAGGAAUAUCGUCUAAGAGUGAAGAGGUAACUAUCAGUCAUGAGGAAGGCAUAUGUAAGGCUCCGGUGUUUCAUGGUACCCCUCACAGCAGUUAUGGUGCACAGUCUUUCUUGGCCAAUCUUGACUAUGUUGGUCCUGAUGAUCCCAACCAUCCCAACACUAUCCACAUCUCCAUCCAAAUUCCACAUCAGGAUGGUCACCUCCCUCUCAUCUCCACCUUUCCGCUCCACAACCUACGUUACCUGCUGGCCGAGCCAGUCUACAGACAGCAACACCUGUGUUCAAACCUCAUCACACCAGAAGAACGACAAGGCAUCAUAGACUCGGCAUUCCUUGACAAUCCGCAGGCUUUUCCACCAGUAUAUAAUUUUCCAUACCAGUUUGACCCCCAGCUGAGAGAAAACCGCACCAUUAGUCUGUAUAAACACCUAAACCUAAAGUCCUGUGUAUGGUCGUUCAGUGCCUGGUAUCAUAUGACUGAUCUCGUGGAUAUUUGUGGUGGUAAAGUCGUCUCUGACUUCCAGGUAAAGGGAGUAGGCCAGACGUACCUGACAGUAUCAGUACCCCUGUAUGUGUACUAUGUUUAUGCCACUGCACCUGUGGGAUGGGGCUCACUUCAGCACCAUACAGACAUGUCCUUCUCAUUCUACUAUGACAACAUCCUGUGGCAGGCAGGAAUGGAAGGAGAGGGAACCACAGGCGGGGACCUACAAGUUCUCAAGGUCCUAGUUGGACGCGAUGGCAAACUUGUUAUUGAUCUCAAGACACAUGCCAAGUUCAGAGGGAUGUAUGUACUUAAACAUCACACCCUGCCUGGUAUAGAGAGUCGAAUACUUCCACCGGAGGGUAUGGAUAUAACCUUUGACCUGACAUUGAUGUGGGGUCAGCAGACCUUCGACAGUCCUCAUCAACUGUGGCGGGCUACAAGUCAAUUCAAUCUGAAGGACUAUACAGGGCAGUACAUCAUUGAACUGAUUCCAUGUACAGUGUCAUCUACCCAGGUGUUUACUGGAGGCCAGGAACCUUUACCAUGUACUGGUCAUCAGCCACAGAGGUUUGAAGUACCAAUAGCUUUCCAGCAGUCUAACAGGCCAGUGCCUCUAGUGUAUACCCUCAACACAAGGUUCCAACUCACCAGUAACAGGCAAACCUUCCUACUAAAUCCAGACCAGACUCAAGACGAGAUGGACUUUGAUGAUACAACAUUCACGAUAGGUGAUGAGCUGUUCGGACGUGUCAUGUGGGACCCGGACCAGGAUCUGCGAGGUGCCUACCGACUCUCUGUACAGAAGGUUUACCUUUGUACUGGAAGUAAUGGUUUCGUGCCGACCUACGACCCGAAAGGUGAUAUCUAUGGUGAUGGACCACAGUUUGGAUGUAUACAGCCAAGUAAAAACUUACGCCAUAGAUUCUUAAUACUUGAUCGAGGCAACCCUGAUGUUAUACAGCGACACUUUCACAAUGUACCUUUUAAUGCUCAUUUCUGUGGAGAUACACCAGACCUUACUUGUUUGGAGGACUUCCCUGGAAUAGACGGCUUCAGCAUGAGUACAGACCCCCUCUAUAAAGUAACUGCUGGCAACCAGUGGUAUUUACAAGUGGUCUACAUCAUCACUAGGGACGACAGUUCUAUACCAGAAUACAGAAAUAAGCGAUCAUACCGUUACAAACGGGACACGUCACCAGAGAUAGAGGAGCCUCCAGAUAAACCUCGUAAUGGAACAAAUAUAAUACCAAUAAAGUUAAAAGUGGACAGCUCUCAGUCCGAGAGGGAUUCCCCGACAGAUUUACCAUGGAUAUUACCAGUGGUAGUGGUAGUUCUAGUCAUAACAGUGGUAGUGGUAUGCUGCCUGUGUUUUCUACGUAAACGUCGCAGGAAAAACAAAGAAGAGAGUUCAGCAGUUAGAAGGAGGAGUAAUAUAGAAAUCGCACAACAGAAUUCGCUACGAUCUUCACAUCAAAAUCGACAGAACAGACUGUCACAGUCCAAAAUCAAUGUGAAUGUGAUGGAGAUUAAAAACACUUCUGUUCAUCAGGCAGAAAAAGAUAGGACUUUCAAUGUGAAAAUUAAAGACACAAAUAUAAAAUCUCAGGGAAAAAAUACUCACAGCUUAUCAGGGACAGAAGUUUGA